AAAUCCCCAAGUCUGCCCCGGCCCAGGACACCAGCAGGAACCAGGAAGUCGGGGCCCUUCUUCAGAGGAAGGCCUGCUGUCGGACUCGGGGGGCCCGGCCUUCCCGAGUUUGCCUCCCCUGGCCCUCUCCAUCUACGUGGCCCCUGCGGAGUUGGCAUUGGUGGGUACCCGGCGGCUGCUGGCUCACCCCUUUACCGAAGGGCCAUGGAGAAAGCGGACUCGUUCCUCCUUGUGCUCCAGCACAUCUCCUCCAACCUGUCCAGGAAGGAACUGGAAGACAUGAAGUUCCUUUGCAAAAUGAAAAUUGGGAAGAGGAAGCUAAAUGAGAUCGAAUAUGGGACCGAACUCUUCUCGUGCCUGAUGCAGCAGAAUUUACUCUCCAUGAGCAACACAGAUUUCCUGGUCUCGAUGCUCCAGAGCCUGAAGAGGGACGAUCUGAUUCAGGAGUUGGCCAAUUUUGUGGACAACAAGCCUGGGCCUGGGCAGCGGCUGGAUCCACAGGUGGAAGCCCAAUUGGAGGUCGCCUUCGAGAUUCUCUGUGACCACGUGGGUCGGGACUGGAAAAGGCUGGUGCGUAAGCUUGGCGUUUCCCAGGUGCUCAUCGAUAGGAUGGUUUAUGCACAUCCUCAUGACCUGCGCGAACAAUUCUACCAGUCACUAUUACUCUGGAAAAACUCAAAUGAUACAGAAGCCAAUGUGUCCACCAUCGAAAAGGCACUUCGGGACUGUUACCUGAACCUAACAGCAGACAUCUUAGCGGAAAGACUGGAGAAGCUGGAGCUGUGAAAAAGCCCCCAGCGGUGAUGGCUGGGAGCUGGACAGUCAGGCUCCUCAUAAAGCAGUUUGGGGAGCUAAGUGCCUUCACUGAGAUUCAUCUGUAAAAUGAGAAAGUUGGUCCUCUGAGAGUGGUCCAGACCAGAUCCCCGGCAGGCUGGGCUUGCCAUGCUGCUCUUCCCAUUUUCUCACCAUCUGCCUUGUGAUCGUCCUCUAGCCCUGGGAAAUCUGAAUAAAUCCACACUUAUCAUUCCCCAAAAGCCCAUGUCAACCAGUAGCCUUAUUCGCCUCCCCAGAUACCCCCCAGAUAAGACUGUAUAUUUCAAGAGGGAAGGAUAGAAGGUCCCUUUUUAAAAAAUCUUUAUUCUCACUUGUGAAAACCUGAAGCAAUUUGAUGAAUAUUGCCCUUAGGCAGAUUAAUCAGGGCCCCAGUGGGCCUCUGGGUAAGAACAGAAGAACAGUUUUGGAGUCUUGACUGAGAGCUACUGUGUCCCCUUUUGUGGACCCCUUUUAGCCUACUCAUCCUAGAGCCUUCCUGUCCUUCUCCACUGAGAGCAUGGGAAUCUAUUUUUAUUAAAUAGAUCUCUGGGAAUCUUUAAGGACCCAGAGAUCCAUUGCUCCCAAUAUCAGAGUAACCGGAAUUCUUGCAAAUGGGUUUAACCUUAUUCUUUUGUGUGUGUGUAUGUGCUUUAUUUAAUAUUUUUAUUUUUCCCAUUUAUAUAUAAACCAUUUUUUACAUUUGUUUUUAAAACUUUGAGUUGCAGGUUCCCUCCUUCCCCCUUCCCCAGUUGAGAAGACACACGUGAAGUUACAGGCUGGGAUUUUCUCUGGGAACCAACAGAUUGAUCUGCUGCGUUCCAGGCACGGGGGACGAGCCGGUGAAAAGUGAAUUCCCAGUAGGGACCCCUUCCGACGUGGGUUGGGUGCCAAGGCCCCUGCCGGCUCUCAAAUUCUGUGUUAAUAGAAACGAGCCCACUUUUCCUUCAUGUGUACACUAACGAAUUUUUGAACACGAGAUCUAGAGGGAGCUCAGAGACCAUAGUCAUCACAUCUUACAUGUGAGAUAAUGGAGGCCCUUACCUCUCUUAAAUGAUUCACCUAAAGCCACCAGCUAAUUAGUGGCAGAAUGACUACAACACCAGACUUCUGACUGGUGCCCUUCCUUUCCAUUAAGUUGUCUUUAACCUCAGAGACUCUUUCCUAGAAAAUAGAUAAUGCUCCCAUGAAGAUAGAGUUCUCCAGAGGCCCACAUAUGCACAUGUUAUUUAGGUCCUAACUAUGCACUUCCUAGUCCUCAGUUUGUCAUCAGCUCAAGAGACUGUUUUCACCAAAUGACCCCAACAUUUACUAGGUUGGAUUGAAAACUUCUGAAUAAAGGAGAUAUUUUUUAAAAAAAUUUUUUAAGUUGGUGAUUUGAAAAAUUUUGCAUUAAAACUAUACAGAUCAUAAUUUCAUCUUUUCUUGAUGGUUCAGUAAAUAGUUAAGGGUCUUAUCUGGCCCGUGUUCCUUGUUAUGAAUAUGUUAUUGUUCAGUGGGUAUAUGGAUAUUCUGAAUAAUAGAUUUCUAUAAUUGAUAGAAACUUCAAAAGACUAGCUCAUUUCACUGUUUUUUUAUGUAUUUUUAAUUUCUGCAGAAAAAUAUUUUAAAUGUAAAUUUAAUUGUACCAAAUUCUGGGCACAGUGAUGGAAUGACUGUAAUUCUUAUUGAUUGCUCAAUAUUGACAAGAUAUUAUUUACAUCUAAAAAACUCACACUACAAGACUAAGUGCUCUGAAUUCAUGAACCGUCUGAAGAAUAUUUUUUAAAUGGUAGGGCUUUGUAACUUUCAAAUACACAAAGUAAUUCAAGAGUGUUGGGCAUUUUUUUAAAUAAAUAAACUAUAAUUAAUUCAAGAGUAUUGGGGUCUUAAAUAAAAUAUAUCUAAUUAACAUACUAAUUG